AUCUACGCCGGCGGCGCAUUCGUCGCGCUCGUGGUCGUCGGCGGCAUCGUGGCUUGCGCCAUGGCGCUCAGGACAACCACGUCGCAUUUGGACAUACUUGGCACGGGCCUCCCGCUCGCGAAAGAGGACGAAGAUGCAGCUGCUCCGCCCGUGGUCCUGCCGAGUGGGGUCCACGACGGGCAGCGGCGGAGGCGCGUCGCACGACCACGACCAACCUUCGAACCUCGGCGUAGACGACGCGGCAGAGUCCGACGAGCGGAGACAUACCAGGCCGCCGAAAGUCCACAAGACACAGGCAAGGCGAGGCAGCAAAAAGCAACCGGCUCAUACCAAGAAGCAGCCGAAGGCGACGCCACCACCGCGGCCACUCGUGACGGCCGAAGAAGAGACGGCGCAGUCCCUGGCCAGCGAAGAGGGCGAGGAGGCCCCCACGACGGUCGAAGCGACCACCCGUCGCCGGACUACGAAGAAAGGCAGCGGAGUCAAGGGAAAACGGCGACAAAACGAAGUCGCCACGAAACGGCACCCGACCCCUCCGCCGGAAACUCGUGCGCGGAACGGACUCCCACGCCGCGACGAAAAAGGAGACGAACCAGUCGAAGAGGAACAACCCAAAGAGGAACCCGCGCACGAUGAACCUGCGGCUGAACAGCCUUCAGCGGAGCAGCCCGCAGUGGAACAGCCUUCAGCGGAACAACCUUCAGCGGAAGAACCUUCGGCGGAAGAACCUUCAGCUGAACAUCCAGAGGGCGAGCAACCCUCCGAGGAAGAGAAGAAAGCCGAGGAACAGCACCCUGUCGUAGCACCGACUCGACGUCCUGGUGCCAAGUCCCGUACGAAGUCACGCAAGAACGUCAAGGCGGAGAAAAAGGCGCAACCGACGUCACCACGGACGACGGCGGCAAAGACGACGACCCAGGAACCUACUGUCGGAGUCAAGCGGCUUCCGGAAAUGUCACACCCCCUGCUGUGCACGGUGUCAUCGCUGGCCGUGGAGGAGCUGCGAUACCCGCACCAGUACUGCACGCACAUAAUCUACACGCACGCCGAGUUCGACUUCGCCAAGAAGAGCUUCGUCGCCCCCAUGGCCUCGCUGAGCUUCACGUCGUUCCUGAAGAGCAAGUCCAAGUGGGCCAACAACACCGAGGGACCCCGCUACUUGGUCUCCCUGUCGCCGGCGUUCGUGGCUCAGCACGGCCCACAGAUGUCGGCGGGUCACAAGUCGGCGCGCGACAUGGCCGCCUGGCUGGAGGCCAGGGAUCUCGCGGGUCUCGCGCUCGUCGAGCAAAUCCUGGCCCCUCACAACGCGGACUUCUACGUCAAGUUCAGCUCGGCAUUCAAAGAAGUCCAACAAGGUAGUCUCGAGUUUGUUCUCGGGUUUUCCUCGGCGUACUUGAACGAGCUGCAGCCGACACUCAAGAUUCUCUCAUCGCAAGUCCAAUACAUGAUCCUGGAGACGCACGUCAAGCAGUUCCCCGAUAACUGCGUCGCCCUCUUCCCUACAGCCUUCAACGCGUCCCGCAACCCCAAGGUCCUCCAGUUAAAGAACAACCUGUUCCCGAGGUCGGCGUUGCAGCACGUGGAGACGCUAACCGCGGCGGGUCCGGGUCCCCGCGCCAAGACGUGCAUUUCGGUGCUCAUGGGCGUGCUCAUGUACAUCGUACCUAAGGGUCUCAUCCACGCACCGUCCCAGGACUGCAUUGACUUCUCCUGGUGCACCUACUCCGACGUGUGCCAGUCCAAGUCCAAGUUCAAGUACUACGAGUGGGCGGAAGCCGUGACUCAGUCCGACCAGUCCCGGAUGUACAUGUUCGACGACGAGACCACGAUCGUCAACAAGGUAAUGAAGACGAAACACGAGAGUCCCAAGACGUGCGUGUCCCUGUACCGAACGGACCUGGACGACUUUUCCGGCACGUGCAACAACGGCUCGCCGUUCCUCCGAGUGGCCGCCGUGCGCAGGGCGAUCCUGUCCUGAUGCGUCGGCCGGGCUGCCGGACGUUUUCAGCCAGCAGUCCGCGCACACGGCGAGCGAGAGAGGAGGAGAGAAACACACACACACACGCUGGCUUACCGUCGUUCAGUGUUGUCUUCGAAGAAGAUCUCGGACGACGACGUGCUCAAGAGGCGCCGCAAAAGACGGCCAACCACCGCCUUCUCAACCCUCAUUCAUCUGCACGAACGUCAACUCAUGUUUCAAAAAACUUCAUGUCCCUUGAAGAGAAGGCGCGUGCCGGUCGGUUACGCCAUUGGUUCAGUGCAAUGCGUAUUUACGAAAGAAAACA